GUCACAACGUUUCAUGGUUUCCAUCAUAUCUCGACUUUAAUUAUGUGUAAGCUGUGGCGAAAGAUAAAUACAUCCGAAUCUUGAUAGGAAAUGACCAUGAAUCUACAGGAAGUCCCGCGAGAGGAAAGUGACCUUCACAGAGGAGGCAAACUGUGUAACAAAGAGGUCUCCCCAUCACACACUCACCGGGAUAACAUAUACUGGCAAAAACUAGAGAGCUUGUUCAAAUUUAAAAGUGUGAACUUUUUUAGCCCCCACCCCGGAAGAAGAGACUACAGAAACUUUGUCGCCUUUGAGUCAGACACAAAGCUAAUUUUGUUUGUUACAACUUGCAGCGCUAUAAGGAUGAACAUGGGUUAUUUUUUCUUCCUUUGGAUUGUCUGUGUUUUUCAGGGUGCCCACGCUUUUAACUGUUCUUCGGGAUUUCAAGCAACAAUUCUGGGAACGUGUGUAGAUGUCAACGAAUGCCAGGGUUCAGCCCCGUGUACGAAAGGCACUUGUGAGAACACAAAUGGAAACUUCUUCUGUGAUGACAGUCAAUCGGUCAAUAGAAACAAAAGAGUCGUCUGUGGCUCAGUCACAUGCGAUAAUUUCGCACGUUGUGACCUCAACACAUCGACUUGUAUCUGUCAGCCAGGCUACUCGGGUUUGACGUGCAACCUUAAGUUAUCUUGUGAUAAAAUGUGCAGAAACAAUGGUACAUGUGAUUUUCAAGGGACGCAGGAAGUCUGUAUUUGUACGAAUGGUUAUACCGGAAACGAGUGCCAGUAUAGCCUCGAUUUGUGUACUCAGUCUACAUCCGUAUGCUUAAAUAAUGGAAGUUGUGUCUAUGGACAAUUCAAUAAAUUCCCAACAUGUGAAUGCCAAGGAGAUUAUGCUGGACUUUACUGUGAAGCAAUGACCAACUGUAGUGCUUUGUGUUACACUGGCGGCUCAUUCCCAGAAUGCAACGGAACAUGUCCUUGCAAUAGCAGUUACUAUGGAGAUAGCUGCCAGUUUAAAGUUGACUGCGGUUGUGAAAAUGGCGGAGUGUCAGUCCCGGAUGCUGGUACCUCGUGUAGGUGUGUGUGUCCCGUGGGGACAAGUGGCCCCACCUGUGCAAUCAACACAACUAACGAAUGUAGCUCAUCUCCGUGUCAAAACGGGGGAACGUGCAUGGAUAAAACAGGUUACUACACCUGCCAAUGUCCCGUAGAAUAUACUGGCUACAAUUGUCAAGUUCGAUGUGAGCUUGAUCGAAAUUGCAUAUGGAAGGACUGUAUACAAUGUAAGAAUAAGUUUGCUAACGGCUUGUGUGAUAGUGAAUGUGACAACGAACUGUGUCUGUUUGAUGGCUUUGACUGUCAAAACAAAACCUUUGACGUCUGUAACGGCACGUACGACAAUGGAACGCUUAUCAGGGACUUGGCCUUUUUGUGUACUGGUUAUUUCGACGACAACUUAUGUGUGGAUUUAUCUAAUGCAACUUCGCUGAAAUUCUGUAGUAAUGAAAGCUGUGGCAGUGAUGGACUGGAUUGUUUGCAAUCAAACAAAAGAGACUCUUCGAACAUCAUCGGGGUAGUCGUGUUCGAUUUUGUCUUAAGGAAUAGUAGCAUUAGUGACAAUGAGACAGCAUUAAAUGAAUCCACUCCAACGCUGUUCAGCAAAUACUUGCCCUAUAAUCUCAAUAUCCAGGAGGGACUUCCGGGGUUUUUUGUUCGUCGGUUGACCACGGAUAGAUUUGAUGCCGGCACAGGAGCUCUAAUGAUCAACCCUUCUGCAGAUUUUGCAACUUCGUUGAAAUACCGAGUUUUCUACAAUGUUGUUAAUAAACCUGGCUGUGGAAGUAUGUCUUCAUUUCCGUGUUGGUCAAAUAUCAGUAGCGUGUCGAGGUAUGUUGCACUAUCCGCUCAAGACAUCUUCUUCACGUACAUCGAUAGCAUCACAGAAAUCUUCCCAUGCAUGGAAGGAUAUUACGGAAGCAGAUGCGCCAUGACAUGCAGUUCUAACUGCCAGUCCUCAGGCUCUGGGCGUUCUUGUGAGAUGGAUACAGGAAAGUGUAUAUCUGGCUGUAGUAGCAAUUCAUAUACGGGAGAUAACUGCGAUAUUAAAUGUGGCAGCAAUUGCAUCCAGUCUUGUUCACACAUCAAUGGAGCUUGUGAUCUGACAUCUAAUAGUACAAGAUGCCUCGCAGGCUACCAGGGUUUAUAUUGUAACGAGACAUGCAACAAUAACAUGUAUGGCAUCGACUGUGCAUUCAACUGCUCUUCCAACUGUGAAACUGGAACAUGCAACACAAUGACUGGGCACUGCACGUGCAAGACUGGCUACACAAAAACAGAUCCUUUGUGUAGAACAGAAUGUACCUCGGGUACUUAUGGUAAUAACUGCACGGGCACCUGCUACACCUGUGGAAUGGGUAUGCCGUGUAACAAGGUAGACGGGUCCUGUUCCUCAUGUCCAGUCGGCAAAACUGGAUCCAUGUGUAAUCAAGAUUGUGCCGACAAUUACUACGGCGCUGGUUGUACGAAGAAAUGUAGCUCCAAUUGUGCUGUGGUAUGCGACAAAACCAAUGGAACAUGUUCAGCUUGUCAGUCUGGUUAUGAGGGCAUGUAUUGUACAACCAAGUCUAAAUCAAAUGAUGCUACACUAGCCAAUCCAUCCAGUGAUAUGCAGUCAACUAUCAUCGCUGUUGUCAUAAUCAUCGUUUGUCUGCUGGUCAUCGCCUUUAUCAUUGCCUUUAUCCUGUGGAAAAGGAACCAGGGUGCAGAUUAUGAAUUGAAUGAAGUAGAGCCAAUGGAUUCUAAAAAAUCCAAUGCAGAUGGUAAUGGACAUGCCAUUGAAAUGAAAGACAAUCUAGGUACCAUAAAUGCAACAGUGGAGAAUGAGAAGAUGAAUGGUGGAGAAGCGGUUCCAUUAUUGGAGCAAAGCACCACAGUGUACAGUGGCGAAUCUACAGAAGUGGAAGUAAAACCAUCAGCAGAUCAAGAGAACACGACUGCUGGUACGUCAUCAACGGAACCACUUCCGGAAAGCACAACGGAUGAAAAGAACGGUGAAGUCGAUAAAAGUGAUGAAACUGUGGCAGACAUGGCUGCUACAAAUGGAAGUAUCCCUAAAAGUGAUUUCAAAUACAUUGACGGAGUGGAAAGUAAAAAUACAUCUUUAGAUGACGUUCGGGAAACAAAGGAAGGUGAUCUUAAUACUGGAAUAGAAAACGACUCUGAAUUAAAAUUAGACACAGACACAGCAGAUAAAGCAGAUGAAUAGGAAAUGUGUUUCAGUGUCUUUUUUGCAGUGGAAAUCAAACUUUUCUUUUAGAUCAUAGCUACUGGUAAACUUUCACAAACAAAUAUCGUUAAUGAAUGUUACAAUUUUUUUUUUGUUAUUGAACUUCCCUACAAUUUUUUAUUCA